UGCAUCCACAGGGACCUGGCAGCCAGGAACGUCCUGGUGACCGAGGACAAUGUGAUGAAGAUCGCUGACUUUGGGCUGGCCCGGGAUAUCCACCACAUCGAUUACUACAAGAAGACGACGAACGGUCGCCUGCCCGUGAAGUGGAUGGCUCCCGAGGCUCUGUUCGACCGAAUCUACACCCACCAGAGUGAUGUGUGGUCCUUUGGGGUGCUGCUGUGGGAGAUCUUCACGCUGGGAGGGUCCCCCUACCCCGGUGUGCCUGUGGAGGAGCUCUUCAAGCUGCUGAAGGAAGGCCACAGGAUGGACAAGCCCAGCAACUGCACCAACGAGCUGUACAUGAUGAUGAGGGAUUGCUGGCACGCCGUCCCCUCRCAGAGACCAACCUUCAAGCAGCUGGUGGAGGACCUGGACAGGAUCGUGGCCAUGACCUCCAAYCAGGAGUACCUGGACCUGUCGGUGCCUCUGGAUCAGUACUCGCCCGCCUUCCCGGCCACGCGCAGCUCCACCUGCUCCUCGGGGGAGGACUCGGUGUUCGCCCACGACCCCCUCCCCGACGAGCCGUGCCUUCCCAAACUGCCCCCGCAGCACAGCAACGGCGGGCUGAAACGGCACUGAGUGGCACUGCUGGCUGCCACCGUGUGCCAGCAGGGUGACACUGCUGGGUGCCACCGUGCGGUGACACUGCUGGGUGCCACCAUGUGCCAUCAGGGUGCCACGGUGUGCCAUCAGGGUGACACUGCCUGUGCCGUGCUGUGCCACACUGUGCCAUGUGAGUGGACACUGCCCAAGGUGCCACACUGUGCCAUGUGAGUGGACACUGCCCAAGGUGCCAUGUCACACCGUGCCAUGUGAGUGGACACUGCCCAAGGUGCCAUGUCACACCGUGCCAUGUGAGUGGACACUGCCCAGGGUGCCAUGUCACACUGUGCCAUGUGAGUGGACACUGCCCAAGGUGCCAUGUCACACCGUGCCAUGUGAGUGGACACUGCCCAGGGUGCCAUGUCACACUGUGCCAUGUGAGUGGACACUGCCCAAGGUGCCAUGUCACACCGUGCCAUGUGAGUGGACACUGCCCAGGGUGCCAUGUCACACUGUGCCAUGUGAGUGGACACUGCCCAAGGUGCCAUGUCACACCGUGCCAUGUGAGUGGACACUGCCCAGGGUGUCACACCGUGCCAUGUGAGUGGACACUGCCCAGGGUGCCAUGUCACACCGUGCCAUGUGAGUGGACACUGCCCAAGGUGCCAUGUCACACCGUGCCAUGUGAGUGGACACUGCCCAGGGUGUCACACCGUGCCAUGUGAGUGGACACUGCCCAGGGUGCCAUGCCAUGCUGUGUCACACUGUGCCAUGUGAGUGGACACUGCCCAAGGUGCCACACCGUGCCAUGUGAGUGGACACUGCCUGCACAGCGUGGUGGUGCUGAGCUGUUGCAGAAAGGGUUCAGAGGCACCCACAGCAUCUCACAUAACCAAAACCACCCACCUCCUGCCAGCUUCUCCUGCCACCUCGUGCCAGCUCUCCGCAGCCCAAAGGGUUCAGCUCCGGUGUUUUUAUGGCGUCUCCUCCGUUGGUUUUURAAUCUCUUUUCCAUGAAUUCUGUGCUUGAGUGUUCCCACUUGGCUGAGCUGCAAUCCUGUCCCGUGGGCAGGGCAGGGCCAGGAGCCAGCCUGGCAUCCCGGGCUGGCACAGAGAGCCAUUCUGCCAUCUGGAGAAUGUGCCAAGGCAGGAGCAGCCCUGGGCUCCUGCAGCUGCUGCCUCGGGGCUCCCUCGGUGCCCGGGAUGAUCCGGGGCUGCUCCUGCAGCUGAGAGGAGCCAAACCCACCCGUGCUAAACCCAGAGUCCCGUGUACAUAACAAAAAAAUAUGUAUAAAUAUGAAUAUAUAUUUACAUGGCUUUUUAAAAGGGUUGUUACCAGAGAUAUACCAGUUUGGUAGGAAGGUACUAGUGGCUGGUAGAUAUCAGUUGCUAUAAAAAAGAAUUCAUAUAUUUUGCUACUUUUGCUGUUUUUAUUUUUUUAAAUUAUGUUCUAAACCUAUUUCAGUUUAGGUCCUUCGAUAAGAAUUGCUGCUGCUGCUUCAGUUUUAUAUGGGGUUGUAUUAAACAAUAAUAAUAAUGUGUCGAUGCCUUUUGGGAAUCCAUUGUCAUUACGUGCCUGGCUUUACCCCGGCCCCACGUUCCUCCCGUUCCCUCCCGGGGCUCUGGCGGGGCUGGGACCGGGGCGGGGAUGGGGCUGGGCAGGGAUGGGGCCGGGCAGGGAUGGGGCCGGUGGGUGCUGCCCUUGGGGAGGAGCAGGGGGAGAACGGGUCAGCCCUGGCCCGGAGCGGUGCCUUGGUCCCGGCCCGGUUUGGCUCCAGCCCGGUUCGGCUCCGUCCCAGCCCAUCCCGGCUCGGUCCCAGCCCGGCUCAGUCUCAGCCCGGUUCGGUCCCAUCCCGGCUCGGUCCCAGCCCGGCUC